AUGCACAAGACAGACCCAGCAUCGACAUGGAACAUCAAUUAUUUAUCCACUGUGAAUCAUACCUCAUUAUCAUAUGCCGCCGGUGCAAGCACGCUGUGCCAGCAGGAUCCCCAGUGCCAGUAUUUGGCAGGGAACAUGAACACCAUACGCAAGCACUGGCAGAACAAGCACAGCUGGUCGCCAUAUCCCAGCCGUGGCCGUACAGCGCCACAAAAGCGUACGGCAGCACAGGAUGAGGUGGACAGAUCAUGCCAGAAGGUGCAGUUCCAGCAGAUAUUUGCAUCGCGCAAGGGCUCCCACUACAUACAGAUCCAGACUAAGGAGACUACUGAGCAUACCGGCACGCCAGACCAGAACAGAGCCAGCCAGGCCAUUGAUGAGCUGGAGCGAUUUUACCAGGAACAGCAACGGCAGACCAGCAAUGUCAUCCAGGCCGGGGAGCACGAUGAAGCCAACCCAUGGCUGCGGCGGACCAGAUGGCCGGUGUACUUGACCAACAUCGCACCCAAUGAUCUGGUCAACUGCGUGCAGCGGCCCGAGGAUGACACCACGUGCCCAGAUGAACUGGCCGCGAGGGCCAUCUGGGAGGCCAUGGGUCAGGUUGCCCGUACCAGCCAGCGAGUCAUCACACGGCUGGGCCACUAUCCAACAGGUGGGGGUGGAAUGGACGUCCAUUCCAUUCAGGGCCGUAGUGGAUAUGAAAUACAACAUAUCCAAAUCAAAAGCGAUAAUUCCGCCGGGAAGGGGUUACAUUGUGGUGUCAAAGUCAAUGAGUUGAGGUGCUAUGUUUGA